UGUCGAGUGGAUUUUGUAACAGUCCUUGAUUUUGGGGCACAUUCCUAGCGUCUGACAAAUUGCUGCUUCUAUGUGAAGAAACGCCCGACUCGAGGGGCCUCCAGACCUCUUAUCAUAAAAUUCCCAGCAAAAGCUGGUGCCCGUGUCAUACACAAAUCACUCACUAACAAGCUUGGCAAAGAUCUCAGCCCUGUAUCACCAUCUAGCCAUACCUAUCACAGACAAAGGAGAUGGCCGAGCAAAAGGCCAUCAUUGUCGGGAUUAGCGGUUGCUCUUCGAGCGGGAAGACGACACUCGCGCGGCUAUUGCGGGACAUAUUCCCCAACGCCUUUGUGCUUCACGAAGAUGACUUUUACCGGCCCGAGUCCGAACAGCCAAAGAAAGGAGACCUCCUGGACUGGGACAGCAUCGAGUCGCUAAAUGUCCCUCAGAUGGAAAGGUCGCUGACCUAUAUCAGACAGGCUGGCAAAUUUCCGCCGGACCUAGACUCGAAGGAGGACCAAAACUCCGUCGGCGCAUGCCCCGUGCCCGACAGCAAGAUCGCCGAGCUCAAGCAAAAGGUCGCAGACUGGACGCGACCCGGCCAGCCGGGCCACGACGUCCUCGUGCCCGAGAAGCUGAGCCUGUGCCUCCUAGACGGCUUCCUGCUCUACUACCCGCCGCGCCUGGACGCCGUCAUGAGCUCCAUCGACCUUAGGCUCUUCCUGCUGGUCAGCCGCGACAAGGCCAUCCAGCGACGCAAGGCGAGGACGGGCUAUGUGACGCUCGAGGGCUUCUGGGAGGACCCCGAAGGCUACGUGGAGGAGAUCGUGUGGCCCAACUACGCCGAGGCGCACGCCUGGCUGUUCGAGGGCGGCGACGUCGAGGGAAAGGUCGACGAGGCGGCGAGGGCCUCGAGGGACAUACGUGUGCAGCAGGGCGAGGCCCUCGACGUUGACAUGAGCGCGACCCUGGAGUGGGCGGUAAACACCAUUCUCGAGGAGCUGCCGCCAAAGGCAUCAGCCCGCAAGAACCAGCAGACACACUGAAGCCACUUUAGGAUUGUUAUGCUAGGACGAAAACCGAAGUAUAAACUAUUCAAGCCGUGACAAUCUGGG